UAAAAGGAGAGUGUCAGAAGAAGUGGUCAGAAAGUUGAACUGCGUUUUUCACGCUAGUAAGUAAUAAAAAGGACUAUCAUUUUCCGGUGUCGAUGAGACGAAGAGCUGUUCUGUGGAUGGAUUAAAGGCUGAAGUUCACUUUGAUGCAUGACGGAUCAAAACUUCUACACAGAAUCAAAAUCUGUUCUGUUUUUCCUUGAAGCGUUAAGGUCAGAGCGAAGUUCUCACCAUGUCUGAUGGGGACUAUGAUUACCUCAUCAAAUUCUUGGCUCUGGGAGACUCGGGCGUGGGAAAGACCAGCUUCUUGUACCAGUACACAGAUGGAAAGUUCAACUCUAAGUUUAUCACAACAGUGGGCAUAGACUUCAGAGAAAAAAGGGUGAUGUAUAAAUCUUGUGGCCCAGAGGGGAAUUCUGUCAGAGGGCAAAGAAUACACAUUCAGCUCUGGGACACGGCGGGACAGGAAAGAUUUCGAAGUUUAACAACAGCUUUCUUCAGGGAUUCCAUGGGCUUUCUUUUGCUAUUUGAUCUCACAAAUGAGCAAAGUUUCCUUAACGUCAGAAGCUGGAUGAGUCAGUUACAGACGCAUGCAUAUUGUGAAAACCCAGACAUUGUUUUAUGUGGCAACAAAUGUGAUCUGGACGACCAGAGAGCGGUGAAGGAAGAGGAAGCCAGGGAGCUUGCUGAUAAAUAUGGGAUUCCUUACUUUGAAACAAGUGCAGCCAAUGGGCACAAUGUGAGCAAAGUAGUGGACACUCUCCUGGAUCUCAUCAUGAAGCGGAUGGAGCGGUGCGUGGACAAGUCGUGGAUCCCCGACGGGGUAGUGCGCUCCAAUGGCCACGGGUCUACGGAGCGGCUCAGUGACAGCAAGGACAAAGACCAGGGCAUGUGCAACUGUUAAUCUGCACCUGGAGGAGCACCCCAGGUUUCUGAGUAGUACAGCUGCAGUUGCCUUGACAAAGGACAUGAACUUUCGGUGUUAUUGUAACAAAGCCCUCCGUCAGAAGAGAUGGAGGUGAAUGCUAAAGGAAAGACUACAUUUAUUUUGCCCCUUUUAACUACAGUUGUACUACCAGUAACCAGUAAUAAAGUAACCAUACGCAUGCAAUGUACUGUAUGGGUCAGGAGAGGUGGCGACUACUUGCUGAUGCCAUGAUAUUUAAAAUAUAAACUUUCUUGUAUUCCAACAGGAAAACAGGGCAGAGUUAGUGCUAGCAAAGUUUCUUCAGUGCACUGAAACUGCCAGAUGUUCUUUUGGGACCAUUUCACUUCUUAAUUGGAUAGAAAGUGCUGUAUACAGAACCUGUUGGUCCUGUUUUGGUGAGACACAAUUGUCCUAAGUCUAAUAAUCAUUAUAGGAAAUUAAAUUGGUGAUAGAAUGAUUUGUACGUAAAGUCUUUGAUUCCAGUUAACCUGUGGUGGGUGUACGUUAUGUUUAUGUAUUUUCUUUAGUAUUCCUAUUAUGGUGGUGUUUUGGUGGAUAGUUCUUUCUUGUUUUUACUAGAUGGGAUUUGUGCAUGAUUCUUCUUUUUUCUAUGUUCCUAAAAAAAACAAUCAAUGUUAGUAUAUAU